GAGCUUCUCUUCUCUGACAAACUGCCACUCACACUUCCUCUUUGCGAUCUGCUUGUGAAAGACCAUGGACAGGGAUCAACAGCUGAAAGCUGCAUUACUUUGGAAGCUCCCUCUCCUUUUCCAGUUAAUGAAAAGGAGGCUUUGCACAACCAACCGCUGUCAGAAGGGAUGGUCCUCUUCUCUCAAGACUAGCUUUUGUACUUUCCAGAAGUGUCUUUUUCAUCACUUAGAAAACAAAAGUUCUGCAAAGGUGACUUUGUGAUGAAUAAUAACUACAGCUAUGGUGAAGAUGCUGCCACAGAGAGCCAAAUAACAAUGGAUUACAGCACUGACAAUUUUUUUGACUACAGUCAGUUCGAAGAGAUGUGCAAAAAAGAAGAGAUCCGGAAAUUCCGUGCUAUUUUUCUUCCUGUUGCAUAUUUCUUGAUAUGCUUUGUGGGACUGGCAGGCAAUGGUCUGGUUAUGGCAACCUACAUCUAUUUCAAGAGGCUCAAGACAAUGACUGAUGUCUACCUAUUCAAUCUGGCCUUGUCAGACAUCUUCUUUCUUUUGACUCUCCCAUUUUGGGCAGUCAGUGCAGCCAAGCACUGGGUUUUUGGGGACUUUGCAUGCAAAGGCAUUUACCUCAUCUGCCAGAUGAGUUUCUUCAGUGGCAUGCUUCUUCUUCUCUCCAUCAGCAUUGAUAGGUAUUUUGCUAUUGUUCAGGCCACUUCAGCCCAUCGUCUUCGGUCACAGAGAAUGUUUGCCAGUAAAGUUACCUGUUUCUUGAUUUGGACAUUGGCUGUUAUUUUUUCUAUCCCAGAAGUAAUCCAUACCAGUGUUUAUGAAACUCCUUCAGAUCCACCACAAUGUUUCAUCACCACAGGUGAUCAUAAAGCCUUAACUAUCGGUAUAAGAGUAUCUCAGAUGGUCUUUGGGUUUUGCUUACCUCUAUCGGUAAUGGCUUUAUGUUAUUGUUUCAUCAUCAGAAAUUUGCUGCAACCUCACAGCUUUGAAAAAAAACAUGUAAUCAAAAUCCUUGUUGUGGUCAUGAUAGCUUUUGUUCUCCUUCAGCUCCCCUACAAUUGCAUCAUAGUCCUCAGGACCAUUUCAAAAUUCAACCAAACCACUGGCAAGUGCAAUGCCAUCAAGACCCUACAUUUGGCUAAUGAUGUGACUUACAGCUUGGCUUGCUUCCGCUGCUGUCUCAAUCCAUUCCUGUAUGCAUUCAUAGGGGUUAAGUUCCGCAAUGAUGUCCUCCGACUUCUUAAAGAUCUGGGCUGCAUCAAUCAGAAGCAGCUCUGGCAAUGGUCAACAAACCAGAAGACCAGUAGAAGUUCUGUUCCCACAGAAACUGACACCACAACUUCUUUCUCCCCAUGAGAUGCUGGGCAAUCAAUAUCAUAGUGUUUGGCAACAGCUGUCAUUACACAUCAUCAGAGGUUGAACCAGGAGAUCCUAUAGGUUUCACUUAUUGGUGGGAGUAUUUUCACAGAACCUGAAGAGACCUAACUCUUCUUUCUAUUCCCCCACUGGUCAACUCAAUUUAUCUAGAUGAAAUUUGCUAAAAAGCAAAAAGCAGGAGAACUGCAGAAAGCUGUCUGCAGAUCUUAAACAGGAGAACCAUGCCAUAGCUACAG